AGUGAAGCUAUUUCUAAAAAUGUCUGUCUAUAAGCAUUAUUUAUUGUUAAAAUUCUUAAGUAUUAAGUGUUAAGUGUUAUCUGGUAUGCUGUGUCCCUGGGUCUGUAAAAGUAAAAAAAAAAAAAAAAUCAUGUUCUAAUGCAAUGACAUUCAUAUAUUUGUGUCCAAAUACUUUUGUGGGCCUCUGUAUAUUCAUAAUGAACUACAACUCCCAGCAUUCACAGUAAAACGUCAUAGCAAGUGCCAAAACAGAGCAGACCACGUGAUGUACAUACCGCAUUUCUAAACACAGCUGCUUUAAUUUGUUAGCUAGCGAAUUGUGGUUAGUUUAAAUUUUGCUGUCCACCAGUUUACUAAAGCAGAGAUGGAAGUGGAAACAGCACGACCUUAUUUUUUCGGUGACAUCGGUUUCUGGGCAGAGAGAACAGAGGUUCAUAAGGCUGCAUAUCAGGGUCAGGUGUCAGAGCUGCAGAGUUUGAUUCAGAGUGGAGCUUCAGUGAAUAUUGUGGCUGUGGACUCCAUCACUCCCCUCCACGAGGCAGCUGCACGCGGACAGACGCAGUGUGUGAGAAUGCUGCUGGACGCAGGGGCUCAGGUUGAUGCAAGGAACGUGGAUGGUAGCACUCCUCUAUGUGAAGCUUGCUCUAUUGGGGACUUUGAGUGUGUGAGGCUUCUUUUGGAGUAUGGAGCAAAAGUCAACCCCACCCUUACCUCACGUACCACCUCCCCUCUACAUGAGGCCUGCAUGGGAGGUAAUGCAGAUUGUGUGAGGUUAGUUAUUGCUAAAGGAGCCAGUCUGGAGGCUUAUGACCUGUACUACGGUACUCCUCUACAUGUGGCGUGUGCCAACAGACACCUGGAGUGUGUCAAGGUGCUACUGAACGCAGGUGUGCGAGUGAAUGCCGCAAGGCUACACGAGACGCCUCUGCAUCACGCUGCCAAGUCCAACAGUGUGGACAUGAUUGAGCUGCUGGUGGAGUUCGGAGCCAACAUUUACGCCAGAGACAAAUACGAUAGGAAGCCAGUCGACUACACAAGGCCAGAUACGCCCUCAGCGCGCUGCCUUCAGCUAUAUGAGAGUAACCCUCUUUCUCUGCAGCAGCUGAGCCGGAUCACCCUGAGGACCGUCCUGGGCACCAAAGCUGUGGACGUGGUGACCAAACUGGAUAUUCCCAACCGUAUUAUCAGUUAUCUCUUGUACCAAUGAACUCCGUCCAAGGGCUUUUUACCUCAAAUGCACAAAAACUUGAAACACUGAGAUCUCUCCAACAACUUUAUCAGUUAUAUCCGCACUGUAGAGCAAUAAAGGUGAAGUGUGUAAUUUUUCAGUCUUAAAGA